CAUUUUUAGGUCUCAAUUUGUCAAUCCAUCCCAACUGGUGUGUGCUCUGUUUGGCUCAGAAAAAGCAUGAACAGGGUGUGCCAUCGGAACUGAAUUUGCGCGCACGUGUUGAACGCGAAAACAGUCUUCUCCGUCAAAUCAAUAUAACAUUGAUAGACGCGUUACCUGCUUCGAUGGAAGGUUUGGCUUCUCUCAAGGCUCCCUUUCAGGCCACCUCAUUCCUCUCUUCAAGACCCAAAACCUGGGAUCUUCCGACCCAACUCAAUUUUUAUAAAAGAAACUCCUUUUCAACAUUUUCAGUUCGGGCCCAGGUGGAGUCUACUGAUGGUUCUGCUGCAGUAUCCUCAUCUGGUGAAUCCGUGACAGAGGCUCUCAAGAUUAAGGAGUGGGAAGUAGGAAUGUUGGAAAAUGAGGUUGCAUCUGGCCAGGGCAUAAGAAUAAGGAGAAGGCCACCAUCUGGACCCCCUUUGCAUUAUGUAGGACCCUUUCAAUUCAGGUUGCAGAAUGAGGGCAAUACACCUCGGAACAUUUUGGAAGAGAUUGUGUGGAACAAGGACAAAGAAGUCUCACAACUUAAAGAAAGAAAGCCCCUCAGUGUGCUGAAGAAAGCUCUCGAAAAUGCACCUCCUGCUAGGGAUUUUAUUGGUGCUCUAAGGGCAGCGAAUGAACGAACUGGACUGCCGGGGUUGAUUGCUGAAGUGAAGAAGGCAUCGCCAAGUAGGGGUAUUUUGAGAGAAAACUUUGAUCCUGUUGAAAUUGCUAAAUCUUAUGAGAAGGGUGGAGCAGCAUGCCUAAGUGUUUUGACAGAUGAAAAGUACUUUAAGGGAAGUUUUGAAAAUCUUGAGGCAAUAAGAAAGGCUGGAGUAAAGUGUCCUUUGUUGUGCAAAGAAUUCAUUGUAGAUGCAUGGCAACUGUACUAUGCUCGAACUAAAGGUGCAGAUGCUGUCCUUUUAAUUGCUGCUGUUUUGCCUGAUCUUGACAUCAAAUACAUGAUUAAGAUAUGCAAGAUACUUGGACUGACUGCACUCGUUGAGGUCCACGAUGAGAGGGAAUUUGAUCGUGUUCUUGCAAUAGAGGGUAUUGAACUUAUUGGCAUUAACAACCGUAAUCUUGAAACAUUUGAGUUGGAUAUUAGCAUCACAAAGAAGCUUCUUGAAGGAGAGCGAGGCAAAAUAAUCCGUGAGAGAGACAUAAUUAUGGUUGGAGAAUCUGGUCUAUUCACCCCUGAGGACAUUGCCUAUGUUCAAGAAGCAGGGGUCAGAGCUAUAUUGGUUGGAGAAUCCAUUGUGAAACAAAGUGAUCCUGGCAAGGGAAUCAGCAAUCUCUUUGGCAAAGAUAUAUCUAUCUGAUUUGAAGUGAAACUAUCUUCAGAUAUAGGCAUUUGAGAUGACUGAUUAUGAUAAAGUUCUUGAUUUAACGCCUUUAUGUACCAAGUUAUCACAAUUUUAUCACCGGGAAGCAUGUACCAAAAGAAACUUUGAAUGUUAAAUUAUAGUUUCCUCCUAAAUAAUAUAUAUCAUUAAGGCAAUAGUUUGGCGACA